UCUUCCUAUCUUCCCUACACAUUCAUUUUCUACACUCAAAAAAACCACACAAAACUACCAACAUGAAGACCAUCACUUUGAGAACUCAACUCUACACCCCAACUCACUUCAAUCUCAUCACCAAAACCCCUCCAAGAUUCAACCUUUCAAACACACCCAUGAUGUUUGACUCCCAAAAAGUCAAACCCACACCCAAAACCAUCAAAUUUGACCCAAUUAACAAACCUUUUGAUGAUAAAGAAACAAACCCAUCACUUUUUGGGGAUAAAGAAACAAACCCAUUUGGGGUAUCAAAAAAAGUUGAGAACUUGAUUGGUUCUGAAGAAAAUUCUUCAAGGUGUUUGAUAGUGGGGGCUGUUACUCUAGGGGUUGUGAUGCUGGUUAUGGGCUCUGAUGACCACCAAAAGGCAUUGGCUUUUGGGCCAGAAGGCCCAUUGAUGGAGGAUUUUUGGGAUAAUAUGAGGAGAUAUGGGCUUUAUGCUUUGACUGUGAGUAGUGGUGUGUUGUAUGCUGUUUUUCAGCCUCUUUAUGAGUUGUUGAAGAAUCCCAUUUCUGCUAUUCUUGUUUUGACCAUUCUUGGAGGUGGGUUUUAUAUUGUUUCUCAGGUGGUUUCUGCUAUGGUUGGUAUUACUGAUUUUAGUUAUGAACUUAAUUAUUAGUAAAGUUUGCAAUGGUUUGGUUAUUGUAUUACUGUUUUGUUGUUUAAUGCCUAUAGCAAAAUACCAUAGUUUUUGAUCUUGUUAUUCUUUUGUGAACAAUGUGAGAUGAUAAAUAGUGCUUGUGCAUA